AUGGAGAUUGAGUCGAAAUUCACAUUUGUGCCGUUGAAUGAGAAAACCUACGUCGGAAUUAAUGAUAAAAAUACGCAAGAAUAUCUGUGUAAAUGGGGCUUAACAGGAAACUUCAUUAUCCAAAAUUUUUCAUUUAACGAACAGUUUCAACAAUAUCAUAAAUAUCAUGUAGCUGAUGCAUUUUUUAAAGAUAACACCGUUGCUAAAGCAUUAUUGUCCAAACAAGGCUCUACCUGGGUAAGACAAGGUAUACAAGCGUCGAGUGUGCAAAUAAAGCAAGUACCAUGCUCGAUCUUAAAUAUGUCAUUCUUUGAUAAACUUAAGGAUCCAGAUAACAGAAUUGUAUAUAAUUCCGGAACGAUUUGCAAAAGAUAUGAUUUGCAAAUAGAAGACUUUUUGAUAUCUGACAAUCUUCGUGGUAUGCUUUUGGAUGAAGAAUCAGAAGAAUACAAUCUAUAUUCAGAAUAUGAAAAAAAUGAGUUUGUAUUUCGAAUUUUUCAAAUGCUCGUUCUUGGCGGAACAUUAUGUCAGUUUGAGGACGUAAUACAGCCAUAUUUGGACAUCACUAGAAAGAUCUAUAAAGAUCUUAUAAGAGUACAGAAACAGAAUACUUCAAACGAUUUGUUUGUGAGCACUUUGGUAUUGGAAGUAGUUGCUAAGGAUAGCACAGGCCAAGAUUAUUUCCCAUUUGAUUCCAGCAACAGGCAAAAUAUUGCAUUCCUAUUGAUAGAUGCUAAUUCUCGCGAAAUUACGACUUUUAUACAUCAAUAUGGCGGAUACUGUCCUGUAAAUUGA